UUAUUUCCGGGUUGCCCGACAUUUCAUGAUUUAGGGAAAAAGAAUUUGUUCCAAAGUCAUUUUCUGGACUAUCUGAGGAUAAAAAAUAGUGACAGUCGUUUAUUUACAUGAAGAACAACCUGUCAUUGCAUAUUUGUAGUUACCAGACUCUUUCCACGUUCACACUGCAAAAGAUUUGCUGACAUUAGGAUGACAAAAUAGGCCUACCUCAUGAAGUUCUGAACAGAAGAAACAGACAUGGCCGAGUCUAUGGAAAAUUACCUGCACAAUGUAGUUCAGCACCACAAAGACUGGCUUGCAUGUACAAGGCGACUGUGUCAAGAGGCAGACGCAGUCCUAGAGACAUUUCGAAGCAGUGUCGUUGAAACCGGUCAUGAUGGAGAGCCUUCGAUAGACCCUUACUGCUUUCCAUCUGAGAAAGAAAAAGAACAGAUCGAUAAAAUUCUGGGGAACAAAGCUGCCAUUGUUGUAACUGGAAGGACGAAUAGCGGCAAAAGCAGUAUAUUGAACACUAUUUUUAGGACUCGUAUUCUUCCAGUGUCCGAAAAUCCAUGUACAGCUCGGGUUGUGAGGUUGAAAUACAGUGAAAGACAAUACCAAAGGUUGAUAAGUCGACAUGGUACCGAGGUUGAAAAUGUUGAUGUGAAUACAAUGAAAGAGAUACGCGAUAGUUCUUUCAUCAAGAUGGAUGAUGAUGCAAGGAGGAAUAAGGAGUCUGCUGCGAUGGUGGUCGAGGUUGGCUUGAAGCACGAGUUACUACAAAGUGGUAUCGAGGUGUUAGAUUCGCCUGGAAAGAGUGAGAACCCCAUUCUUGAUGAGGUUGUGGAUCGUCUGCUUCAGUCUGGCCAGAUUCCACUUGUCGUCUAUGUGAUAGAUGGACGCUGUGGUCUGCUCUUGGCGGACAUUGAUAACAUUGAUGCCAUCCAGUCAAAACUUCCAAACUGCACAAUCAUGUAUGUCUGUAACAAAUGUGACGAUGAUGAUAUUGCAAGGAGCUUUGACAGAGAAUCUGAUUGUGAAGAGUCUGAUGAUGAUGAUGGAGAAGGUCGUCGGAUGACUGUCGAAGCAAUGAAAAACCGAACGUUCAACCAGCUCCAGCAGAGAGGAUUCAUCCCAAAGGAAGAAGUCAGGGAGUCCUGUAAAUGCUUCCACGGUCUUUCUGCAAAUUCGGCGAUGUGGGGCUACAGAAAAAAAAAACAGAAGGAGGAAUUUGCAAGAUAUGUCAAAGACUUUGAGGCGUUUGAGAGAAAUCUUGUCGAUGUCCUUUUUUCAGUGCUGCAGAGAGACAUCUCUAAGAUAAUCAACAUCGUGAUGAACAAUCUUGCUACUUGUAGUACGAUAUUUGAUUGGGCGAUCCUUGGUAAAGGUGGGGCAGAAGAUUCAGACCAGCUAUUGUCUGUGGUGGAGGAAGCGAAGCGUGUCGGCAAAUGGUGGUAUGAUGAAUUGCGCAAUGUUAUGAACGAACAUGACAUAGCGGCUCAUAUGAACUUUGCUAUGGACUUGAUUGAGCGAGACUUGGUUAAAGAAAUCCCCUCAUUCACUGAGGAUGGCCGCCCCGUCGCCGACAGAGAAGUAGAUGUACAGUUCCUGGAGUUGAAAUCGCGCUUGGACGAGCUAGGGUUCAAUGCUGAGGAAAUGGCUCGGAAGGGAACAUUUUGUCAUGCCAUGCGGAAGAUGUUUUCAAGCUAUUUGUUUAAUACAUUCAAAGUGACAUUGGAGAUUCGUUAUAAAACCAAAAUGGACACCUUGGCAUCAGAGUUGGUGAACAUCAUGUUCUCAAUUGCGCCUUCUUUGAGAAAUAUGUUGAAGCGUUCAUACCGUGUUAGACCGUCCAUGAUGUUCGACUGUGAUCAGUUACUUGGUUGUACAAAUCUUUUGUUUGACGUCCUGCAGACCAUAUUAGAUGCAGCACGUAUAACCCUGCGCCAAAAGAUUGAUGAUGUCUGUGAUAAUGACAGCAUCAUGUACAUUUUGAUGGCCGACAAUCAGCACUUCAGCGCGGAGUGGUGCGAAAUAUUUGCAAGGUCGCUUGUCAAAUCUCUGGAUGUGCCUGCAUUAGUGCUGGCAAUCCAGGAUGCUGCGUUGGAACAGAUAACAGGAAUGUUUUCAAACUUUACCUCCUCGCUGACUAUGAUUACUUCGAUAAGUAACGAAGUCAAGUAUCAAGAAGAGAGUGUCCUGAUGAGUAGAAAGUCUGUGUUCAUGGGUCACUACAUGCUGUGUCAAGCCCAAGCUUAUGGUAUUGAGACUUGCAUGCGAUACCCAAACCUUCAGUCGAUGUACGCUGAAAGAAUUGCAGUGAGUCAGAGUGGCUUUCCUAUUCGUGCCUGUAAGAUGGAGUUUUGCAAUGGAAAUGGCUCAAACAUAGCUGUGAAGGUUGUCCAUGGUGAAGAUAGAAGCAGCAGGCUCUUGCAUUUGAGGCAACUGCUCAGAACAAGCGAGAUUCAGCAGCAUCAGAACCUGUUGAUGCUUCACGGAUGGAUUCUACCCUCGGCAGACUGUAGACUUGUCAUCAUGGAACGAGCUCAGAUGAACCUUGUUGAUGCAAUGCAUGCAGGUCAAGUCUAUAUCCAGCGGCUCAUGUUUGGAGUUCAGAUAGGGAGAGCACUCCUCCAUCUUGUUGACCAGAAGCCACCUUACUACUUCAUGGACCUGAAACCCAGGAAUAUACUUAUUGGCCAGGAUGGACAGGCGAAAAUCAACACAUGCAAGUUAGAGAGUCAUUUCAAAGAAACUGCUGAGAUCAUGGUUCCAUUCCAUGUGUCACCGCAGUUACAUUCUGCCCUGCAGCGUGGAGAAACCUCCAUCCACCCAUCGAAUCAGAUCUAUGCCUACGGAACCUUGCUGUGGAUCUUGGCGCAUGGACAUGUUGAAGCACCAUCAGUGUUCCGUUUCUGCAAUAACGUGGAAGAAGUUCAAUUGAAGAUAUCAAAUGGAGUCCUUCCGAAUAAGUUGGUGAAUAUCCCUGCGGAUCAUUGGCAAAUCAUUGAAAAAUGCUUGAAGGACUAUGAGAACCUUUUGUUGUCAGAUAUCGUUGAUGAGUUAGAUCAGAUUGUUAUCGUUGCUGAACGUAAUGAAAGAUUGGGACGUUGAGACUGUACAUGUAGUAGAUGGCUUGAGGUUCACAACACUUCUGUACAUUUUGCCUGUGCAUUGUGUAUUUGAUUCAGGCUGAUCAUCUCGUGUUGUAUCCAUGUCUGUUCGUUUGGCCAUACCUUACCCUGGUGCUAGUGGCUCACAGUGUGCCUAUAAAUGAGACCCACCGUAAAGAAUCAAUUGAACUGAUCGACAUUUUGUACAUGAUCGGUGUCAUCGACUUGUAAAGUAUAUUUACAAAUAAGGGUAAAAACGUACCUUUUGUGACUGUUUAAUGUGUAUACUGGUGCUGUAGGUCAGCUCCCAUGAUAAGGAACUGUGCCAUAGCUUAUAUAUCACCUUAUUAUCAGUUUCAUACUUCACCAUUUUGAUAAUCGAUUAUGCACUUUAUCAUAUACUGAGACAUCAUAUUGUCUUCUCAAGUUAACAUGCGAGACAAAAGAUUGGCAGAAAUCAUACCAAAUCCUUGAUUAUUUGACACUAUCUAUUGAUACCUCCUGGUGGCAUUGGUAGCCUCACCAAACAUUUCCUGGCAGGAGCUGUCUAUAUCUUAAAACCCCUCAUACUGCCUUGAAAGCUCCACCCUCUUGUGGUUUGGUUAGACAACCAAUACCUUCAGUUCUGUAUCAAGUCCUUAAUUAAAGGAUUUCUUCCACUUUCUUGGUGCUUUGAGGCAAGAGGCUGUUUAAUGCCAUUUCUCCGGUUAUGGGGCCAUAAUGAAGUAGAUUAUAAAUUCCUUUCAAGCCUGUGGGAAAAUAUCCAUUUUGUGCAGACAGAGCUUUUUUCCUAUCUCUAGACAGUAAAAUAUUUUGUAAGACGUUUGAAAUGUGCUCCGAGAUUGAAUUUCUGAAGAUUGUACAAUGUAUAUUGGAAGAUAGUAAAUAAAGGUGCUGUACAUUGCUAA